AUGUUGGAAUUUUCAGAGGGACAUGAGGAACAAAACUCCAGCAUGAGAUUGAAGGUUUUAAUUAUUGUUUCUCUGCCGCAGUUGGUGAUCUUGCCUCAUUGGCUUCAAGGGUCCUUGAAUACAUUACAAUACUUGUCAAUUUCAAGCUGCAACAAUCUUGUAGCACUUCCACAGUGGCUGUCAGAUAUGAGCAGCCUGAAAACACUAUAUAUCAUAGGUUGUCCUAAUAUAAUAUCUCUCCCUAAUGACUUUCAUCGCCUCAUCAACCUUGAACGAUUAGAAAUUGAUGGUCAUCUUGAAUUGCUUAGAAAACCUCAGCCAGAAAUUGGAGAGUCUUCGCGCCCACACGAUGCUGCAGAUGAACCAGACGAAGUGGUAGAAGAAUUGGAAUAA